AGGACAGUUAAAUAUUUGGAUUUAAAAUGGCCGCGAUAAUAAAAAAGCAAAUUCUGAAACAUUUGUCUAGGUUCACCAAGAAUCUGUCUCCAGACAAGAUCAAUCUGAGUACGUUGAAAGGGGAGGGGCAGCUGUCCAACCUGGAGUUGGAUGAAGAGGUUCUGCAAAACAUGCUUGACUUGCCUACCUGGCUAGCUGUCACUCGGGUCUACUGCAACAAAGCUGCCAUCAGGAUACAAUGGACAAAGUUGAAAACAAGCCCCAUCUGCUUGUUCCUGGAUAAGGUUGAGGUAGAGAUGAGGACGUGUGAAGAGCCACGCCCCCCUAAUGGCCCCUCCCCUAUUGCCAUUACAGCAGGCCAGAGCGAGUACGGCUUUGCUGAGAAGGUGGUGGAGGGCAUGUCUGUUGUCAUCAACUCCAUCACCAUCAAGGUGCAAGCCCGUGCCUUCCACGCCUCCUUUGAACUCUGGCAGCUUCAGGGCAACAGCCUAAACCCGAAAUGGCAACGCAGUGACCUCCGCUACACCCGCAUCACUGACCCAAAGAGAGGAGAGGUAUUAACAUUUAAGGAAAUCAACUGGCAAAGUCUGCGAAUCGAGGCGGAUGCCAUAGAAAGUGAAGACCAGGACCUGGGUAGUACUCCGCUACGCCUCAUCACCAACCAGGGACGCAUUCGCAUUGCUCUCAAACGCAGAGUGAAGGACUGUAACGUGUUGGCGUCCAAGCUGCUCUUCAUACUGGACGAUUUAUUGUGGGUGUUGACUGACUCCCAGCUCAAAGCUAUCAUUCAUUAUGCCAAGUCUCUGAGCGAGGCAAUGGAGAGGUCUGCCCAGCAGAGAAAGAGCAUGACUGCUGAGUCCCUCCAGACUGCCCCUCCAUCUCCUGGUAUCCACACCCUAUGGACAGAGCCACAACCCACUCCUCCUAGUGGGGCUUCCAGCAACAUAAGCCAGUACUUUGACCUGUAUGAUGUCAAAGAGUCUUCUUAUCAUACCUUCAUAUCCCGCUUGGACCUGCACAUAUGCAAUGACAGCUCUUCAGUAGAGCCAGAUGAGUCUCCCCCUCCAGGCUCCCAGGGUGCCAUGCAGUUGACGUUUAGGAAACUUGGGUUUGACUACUAUCCCAUCCACAGACCUGCUGAUGGAUGUCGGCACUGGGAGCGCCACAGUGCGGCCAUGGAAGCACAGGCCCAGUGGGCAGGGAAACUGUUGCAUGAGUUCCAGAAGCGAGUGGAGGCUUCUGGGUUCCCCGGGCCACAAACUGAGGUGCUCCACCCGGCCAAGGACUCUCCUGCAAAGACUGCUCAGAAUGGACAGCCUAGUCCCAAGUUGAGCCCCUCUAACAAGUCUCAGUCAUCUAGAAGGAACUCUGCCACUGGACUGCCAGGGACACCGCUAAAGAGGCUACGCUCCAGCUGUGUGGUGGUCAGGAUGGAUGACCUUAACAUUCACCAGGUGUCUACAGGGGGACGCUACAACAAAAAGACCCAGUCCCUAAUAUCUUGUAACCGUAAAGCUCUGCACUUGCCAGACAAUGUGCCUGCAAUCCACCUGCAAUUUACUGAAUAUUACUUUCCUGACAACCCAGGUUUACCAGUGCCCACCUCAAAUCUGUAUGCCCAGCUGAACGGCCUCCAGCUUUGUGUGGACCCUGCCAGUGUGCUGUGGAUCAAUCUGUUUUCCAGGGGGCUGCUGCACACCCUAGACCAGGUGAAAGCCUUCUACCAUUUGCAAGACAACAGCAAGGCCGAGGAGCAUGUGGAUGUUCGCAUGGAUGCAUCACAGCUCAAGCUGAUAAUUCCUCUGGAUUCUUCCAUCCUGGACCAUCCAGAGCGGCCCCGGUCCCUCAGUAUUUCUGUACCCCAGAUGGUUCUCAGCAACACUCGUCACUGCCCCCAUGGCACGAGAGCUGACCUCCACAGUGCCUACAAGAGCUUCUCCACCCACCCCUUCUUUCAACCCACACCACCCUGUCCUUUUCCUAGAGACAAGAGUUGCCUCCAACCACUUCCUUCCACCUUCCUCCAGCACUGUCAGGAUCUGGAGCCCCAGCCUCUCUCUGAAAGGAAGCAGCUUCGGUCCCAAGACAUCUGGUCACUCAGUCUGUCCCGUUUGACACUGGGCUUUGACGGAGCCCGUCGAUGCCCCAAAGGCAGAACCCAGCCCUUUGUUGAACCCUUUGCCAUGUCUGUUUGGAUGUGCCAGCCCUCUGCUUUUAACUGUCGCUCUUCUUCUUCCACCACUAGUCUCAACAAAAUCCACGAGCCUUCCUCAGAGCAAGGAAGCCACCCCACCAUCAGCCAAGACUCUAAGGAAGAGGUCUCACUGGCCUCUAUCCACUUCCUGGCCCAGGCCAUCACUCCAGUAAAGAUGUGGCUCAACCACUACCAAUAUGUGGCCCUGCUGAGGAUGAAAGAUACCAUGGCCCGCUUAGGCACAGAGCUGUGCCGGGACACACGGGAUGCUAAGCAGGCUCAUGGCCAACAGACAAAACCUCUAACUGUGUGUCUGGCCUUUAUUGCUGAUUCAGUAGCACUUGGACUCUUGCUUCCUCCGGCUUUCACUGAACCAGCAGAGGAGGUCCCCCAUACCCCAGAGACGGACAGCCCUAGCAUAACAGAUUCUGACAUCUCCCCUACUCACCAUUCCAAUGAUGUAGAGCUCCUGGAAGACAGCGGGAUAGGAAAUGGUAUCACUACCAUCAACACAUCUCUAGCUGCAUUUGUUCAGGACGAGCCUGAUGGGGUAGUGGAAGAGGCUUGUGAAGCAGUGGAGGAGGGGAUAGAGGGUGCAGGCAUUACUACACAGGGGGAUGUCCCUGUUCUCUCACCACCCCUCUCUCCUCCUGGACAUCAACAAGGCCUGUCCCGCGAUCCAUCCAACUUCAGCAUAGAAGGAGAGCUGUCCAGCGCCAUCAAUGCCACUAAGGAUGUGACCAAAGAUGCCAUCAGUGCCUCUCUGGACCUGACCAAAGGGGCAUUCUCUAUAACAAAAGAUGCUUUCAGCAUGCUGAGUCGUGGCUCAGGGAUGAGCAAACUAUUCACUUCCCAGGCAAAAGAACAGGUCCAACACUCAGAGGAAUCAAGCCUGCGCCUCCACUCCAUGAAGCCGUCGCCUUCCCAGCAUUCUUUUGAUAGCGCCAUCUUGGAUGGUAGCCUGCCAGAUGAAAACCUCUCUGUGCACAGUGACACCAGCGACCGCUUUGUGGUUCUCAUGGGAUCAGAAUCAGGCUUGGAGUCAUUGAACCCAAAUAGCGCUUCAGUUCCUAUGGCUAACCAUGGCAGCCCUGCCCCUGGGACAGAGGCAGGGUCAACAGCAGACCUCAGCAGCUCACUGUCCCAAAGCACCGAGGACAACACUGAUGAUAUGUCUUCGGUGUUGUUGCUGGUUCUAAGUGGGAUAGCCUGUGUGAUGGAAGCAAAGGGAGAAGAUCAGGUUGUGGCCCUAGAAGCCCAGAAUCUCAUCCCAGUGCAGACUGGCAACAUCAGGAUGUCUGACCUGCUAGGUGGUCUCAUACAAGCUCCAAGUGGGUCGGUCCAGAGCUUGGACAGACAGGGCAUCAGGGGAACUCCAAUGAUCUGUAUGAAGGCAGAAAUGGGUCCAUCUGCAGGCUGCUGCUCAGCUCUUACUGAGUCUGUGAGCUUCCUGGAGCUGAGAGUACAAGGCUGCAAGGCUGAGCUGUUGGCUUCCACCAUGACCAACUUGGGACCUUUUCUGGAAGAUGAAUUCAGUGCUGAAGGCCAGCCAAUGAAGAUCCACUUGAACAACAUCACAGUCACCCUAAAGGAUGAUGGCCCCAGAAUCUACCCUACAGCCCCUCAGCCUGUCCCAGCUACAUUCAUUCUAGACCAGGUACUCUUGGAACGUGCUGAUGAUGGCAUUUUUAGGCUCAAAGCUGGUGAAGGCACAGGCUCCAAAGAUGCAGCUGGUCCUCCUGUGGCUUGCCUUAAAGAUCAAAACAGUUUGUGUUCUGUUUCGCAACAAGAGAGCAAGAACCCGUCCCUGGAAUCUCAGCUGUGUGAUGCCCAAGCUGCCCUGUCCCAAGCCCUCAAUGACAGAGAUCGCCUCCUUCUGGAGGUCAGAAAAUUUGACCCCACGUUCAUUCUCUGAGCUACUUGGUCUUCGCUGUCAGAGCCGAUCUCCUC